AUGGAGCUGCGAGAGGCGACUGCGAAUUCAAAUUUGAAUUUGAAUUGGCUGCUGACGAUUUGGAUCAAUGUACAGUUGGCGCUAUUGUAUCAGGCGUGUUGUUCGUCGAGUGUGGUGGCAGCGAACCACAGUGUGUACAGCAGUAAUAGUAAUAGUAAUUGGAAUCGUCCUCAAGUGAAAGUGGAGGUUCGAGGUCGGGUACGAUCCAGCAGUGCCGUUCAACAACAACCACCCGCUAGAGUGGCACCAUCUGGCUCCGGCUCGGCUCCGGCUGGAGCUGUCUCGCAGCCUUCGUCGUCGUCUGCCGCAGCUCUGUAUCAUCCGAAUCACCCGAAUACGCUACUGGCCAACCAUCUGCUCUACCCAGCAACAGCAACGAGAGUACUGCGACAUUCCACCGGAUCUGUGGUGCGAUAG